UAAACAUUAGAAAAUUGCAGAUAGGUUACCUGAGUGAGGCGCUGUGAGAGAAACCCAAACCCUAAUUGCGAAGAUGGCGCAGCAGACACCACCAGCAUUAGAGCAGGUCCAGUGUUUCGGCCGCAAGAAGACGGCGGUGGCAGUUACUUACUGCAAACGCGGCCGCGGCCUAAUCAAGAUCAACGGAUGUCCUAUUGAGCUCGUCGAGCCGGAGAUCCUCCGCUUCAAGGCUUUCGAGCCCAUCCUCCUCCUCGGCCGCCACCGUUUUGCCGGAGUUGACAUGCGCAUCCGUGUCAAGGGCGGUGGACAUACCUCCCAGAUCUACGCCAUCCGUCAAAGCAUCGCCAAGGCUCUCGUCGCCUACUACCAGAAGUACGUCGAUGAGCAGUCCAAGAAGGAGAUCAAAGACAUCCUCGUCAGGUACGACCGCACACUCCUCGUUGCUGAUCCUCGCCGCUGCGAGCCCAAGAAGUUCGGUGGUCGCGGUGCUCGCGCCAGGUUCCAGAAAUCCUACCGUUGAUUUCAGUCCCUUUUCCCCUUUCUUUAUAUUUUAUCGAAAUGUCUUGAUAGUACUCUCUGCUUUUUGUGUUUCGCAGAGUUUUUAAUCAGAUUUUGGAUACUCUUAUAUAAUGUUUUAGCUAAAUUUUAGUUCUGUCGUUAAUUUCAAUAUAAUUGUUUGAACUUAGUGAGUUAUCGAUAUUUGUAGUGUUUUGUGAGGAACAGUAAAUUGAAUGAAAGUUGCAAUAGUAAUAGUGAUGGGGAAAAAUAAAUCAGAUUUGUUGAGUGACCAAAAUUAGUGAGUCAAGUAAGGUUGCGGACAAUUUAGUUCAGUCUUUAGUGAAAGAGAUUCAUCUGGUUCUGAUUCUGAUUCGUUUAUAAGUGAGUUUGAGGAAGAGAAUGGAAUUGUCGUAUUAAUAUAA